AUGAAUGCGAAUGAUAUCUUGGAACGUGGGAGAGUAUAUUUUGGAGAUACUAAAGCUCUAUAUUCAAUCACACUCGCAGGUGAAACUCUUUGUGUGAUCACUGGAGUGAGCGAUAUACAAGAGCUUUACCGAAAUAGCUCGACGAUAACAUGGGAUAAUUUGAUCAAAGAUAUGUACUCCUUUGUGGGUCUAUCUCCUAGAAGCAUCUCCCAGGUGUGGGGUGAAACUCAUGAACAGCUGACUCCAAAAAACCACACCAGAUCAGCACACGAGAUGACUUCUGAAUAUCAUCGUCAGCAAUUACUCACGGCGGUCAAUUCUGAGAACCUCGUCCAGCAAAUAAUCCCAGGUCUUGAGAAAAGCCUUUCCUGGAACAUAUUGAGGAAACAUCCCGCUUGCAUCCGCACAUCCGGAGACUCUAUCACGCUUUCUCUGUGGAAUUGGUGUAACGAAGUCAUAAUCAAGAGCUCAGCCACUGCAUAUUAUGGACCCAAAAUCUUCGAGAUAAAUCCGAAUCUCUUACAAGCAAUGAUGUCAUGGGAAGCUACAAACUGGAAAUUUAUGUACAAGUUAACUGACUUCAUGGCACGAGAUAUAAUUAAUGCCAGAAGCGAAUUUAUUGACACGCUGUGCAAGUACUUUGAGACGCCGAAGAAAGACCGUUCCGAUGCACUGUAUUUUGUAACGGCCAUGGAAGAAGAAAUGCGGGCAGCUGGCUUGAGUGACCGCGAAACUGCAGGCAUACAUAUGCUACAUUUAUGGGCAAUUACCGCCAAUGUAUACAAGGCUGCAUUCUGGGCAAUAGCUCACAUUGUCCAUAGACCAGAAUUGCUUGCUCAAAUCCGCGCAGAGAUAGCUCCAGCUAUAGGAACAAAUGGAGAAUCAGUAGAUCUCAAGUAUCUCACAGAAGACUGUCCGCGGCUCGAGGCUUUCUUCAACGAAGUCCUGAGGAUCAACUCGGCAGGAGCACUUGCACGCGAAGUCAUCACACCCACAUUGUUUAGUGGGAAAAUACUUGCGAAAGGCACAAAACUUAUGAUUCCAUACCGCCAACUUCAUCUUGAUGGACAAGCAUGGGGACCAAGCGCUCGUGACUUUGACCCAGAAAGAUUUCUCAAGGACAAAAGCCUUACACGCAGUCAAAACUUCCGACCCUUUGGAGGCGGUCAUACACUCUGUCCAGGCCGCUUUAUUGCUAAGAAAUCAGUUUACACCAUCGUGGCUCUUAUUUUUUCUCGAUACGAUGUUACUUUGGAUACUGACGCCGCCAAUCAAAAGUUUCCACGCAUAGAUGACGCUACUGCAGGAAUUGGAACAAUGGCACCGAUGCCUGGAGAAGACGUUAAGCUGCUUAUUAAGCCGGCGAGUAAUUGAGGAAGAAAAAUUCUAUUGGGACUGAUGAUGUGGCUUUGAAUAGCAGGAUAGUGAUUCGAAUGAAAUGUG